AGAUCCGAGAUUUUCAUUCAUCACUAUCGUUUUCUCCUUCUGGUUUCUGAGUUUGUUUUUUUCCAACUUUCCAAUGCGCGGCAAACCCUAAUCCUCUUCAGCGUUAGUUUUUGCCUCAGAAGAUUCAUCUGCCCAGUCGACCUCUAUAAUGGGGCGCAGUGACUCUAGAUCACCUGCCAGGGGUCGUGGAUCUCCUCGCAGGAGGAGCCCUUCACGCAGGGAAAGGUCACCUGCUCAUAAAAGGAGUUCACAUGCUGCAAGUUCAGCUGUAGCAGAGAAGCCUUCAAGACGUGCAAGGUCAAGAUCUCCUGUUCCUCUUUCACCUGCUCGAGAGAGGCCUUCUAGUCGCAAUAAAUCCCCAAAGCGCAGAAAAUCAAUCUCCCCUGCAUCUCACUCCCCAGUCAGAGAGAAACCCUCAAGUCGCAUGAAGUCCCCCAAACGAGCUAAGUCAAGGUCUCCGAAUUCGAAGUUGUUACAGGGAGAGAAAUCUUCAGGCAGAGCCAGGUCUCCUAAGCGUGCCAAGUUGCAGUCUCCUGAACCGCGCUCACCCUCACCACGAACAAAAAGACUGAGGAGAGCAGAAAGAGAGACUGAAGAAAAAUUGAGUGAGCGGGAUCCUGAGAAGAAUCACAGGAGAUCUAAUGAUAGGGCUACACAUAGGGAAAAGGAUUCUGACAGAAUGUUGCCUGAAUCUCGCUCACCCUCACCACGAACAAAAAGACUAAGAAGAGCAGAACGAGAAGCUGAAGAAAAGCCAAGGGAGCGGGAGCCUGAAAAAAAUCAUGGGAGAGACUAGUGAUAGGGGCUACACAUAGGGAAAAGGAUUCUGACAGAAUGUUGCCUGAAUCUCGCUCACCCUCACCACGAACAAAAAGACUAAGAAGAGCAGAACGAGAAGCUGAAGAAAAGCCAAGGGAGCGGGAGCCUGAAAAAAAUCAUGGGAGAGCUAGUGAUAGGGCUACACAUAGGGAAAAGGAUUCUGACAGAAUGUUACCUGAAUCUCGUUCACCCUCACCUCGAACAAAGAGACUAAGGAGAGCAGAUCAAGAAGCUGUAGAGAAAUCGAGGGAGCGGGAGCCUGAAAAAAACCAUGGGAGAGCUAGUGAUAGGGCGGCACAUAAGGAUUCUGAUAGAGUGAUGCAAAUCGAAAAAGGAGAGAGAAAAUCGGGAAAGGACUUAAAAGAUAAUGGAUCUUAUAAGUCAAGAAAUGGUCGAUCAGCUUCACCUUCAGAACGUCAGCAUAGAAGUCGGCACAGAUCAAGAUCACCUGUAGCAGCCGAUAGUAGAGCACAUUCUGAGGUAACAAACUUAACGAGAGAUGAACUCAGGAAUGGUGAAGAUGACUCCUUAUCUAAAAUGAAGGAAGCUGAGGAGGCCUUGGAAGCUAAAAAUAAAGAUAAACCUUCGUUUGAGCUCUCUGGAAAGCUUGCAGCAGAAACUAAUCGAGUAAGAGGCAUAACACUUCUCUUCAAUGAGCCACCAGAUGCUAGAAAACCCGACAUAAGAUGGCGCUUGUAUGUUUUUAAGGGUGGUGAAGUCCUUAAUGAGCCUCUAUAUGUUCAUCGCCAAAGCUGUUAUCUUUUUGGGAGAGAAAGGAGGGUUGCAGACAUUCCCACGGAUCACCCAUCUUGCAGCAAGCAACAUGCUGUCCUCCAGUACCGGCAAGUUGAGAAGGACAAACCUGAUGGUACUUCAUCGAAGCAAGUAAGGCCAUACGUAAUGGAUCUUGGAAGCACUAAUGGUACUUUCAUUAAUGAAAAUCGGAUUGAGCCUGAGAGAUACUAUGAGCUAUUGGAAAAGGAUACCCUUAAGUUUGGUAAUAGUAGCCGAGAGUAUGUGCUGCUUCACGAGAAUUCAGCAUGAUGAAAGUCUCGCUAAAAUGCUAGACAGAGGUGUCAUUUGCAUCGACUGGCUUGUUGUUGGACGCUUUUAAUCACAGACGAUCAAACAUUUGUUAGGCCAUGUUUACCAGCACACUAGCCAUUGCAAGUACUCAGCUAAAAUCGUGUAAUGUGCUCGAGAUUUCGGCAGUGUUAAUGGAAAUUUUGGUUUCUAUAGCCUCCAUGAUUCUUGGAUGGUUUGUUCCAGUUUGUUUAUAAGCUCUUAGUUCCCUUAUAAAUGGGAUUGUGUAAAAUUGUUGAUCAGGUCAUAACUAGUGAAUGCACACUCACAUUCCUUCAAGUAAUGAAUAUUUAUCUUUUCCUAUCA